AUGUCCCCGGCACCCAUGAUCGCGUCCACGAGCAAGCGGCCGUGUGCAGGCAGCGCUUCGCAAAUACUGCCGAACCUAUUCAUCUCCGACCUCGCGUUCGCGGAGAGCGCCCCUUGUUUGGCGAACGCGGGCAUCACGCAUGUCCUCAGCAUACUUCCAGAACCGAUCACGGUGCCCGCCUCCGCCGCCGGCCGGCGUAUACAGCGUAAACAGGUCCGCAUCGAGGACUCGCCCUUCGCGGAGCUCGCGGCGCAUCUACCCUCCAUGGUUCACUUCAUCGAGGAAGCCCUCUCGACGUCAUCACCCGCCAUUGUGCUCGUGCACUGCGCAGAAGGUGUCUCGCGUUCUGUCGCUGUCGCGGCCGCGUACCUCGUCAAGGCUCAUGGUCGCACGCCCAUGGAUGCUCUCCGCCAUAUCGCCGCCCGCCGGCGGAUCGCGCGCCCUAACUUCGGCUUCGUUCAGCAGCUGCACGAGUACGCGCGCGAUCAUCUAGGACGCGACAUCGCGGUCCCAUCCGCCGACGCGAUCGAGCGCGCCGCAGGGGAAGAGGCGCCCUGGGCAGGCGCCGCCACCGCACCAUCCCUCGUCCCAUCGGAGACCCAUCCGCACUCUGCCGCGCCACGCUUGCAAGAAACCAAGCUGCUCGCCGCUCCUCGCCGCACGUCGACAUAG